GGAGUUUUUAUUUUCUCCCUGCUUUGCUCCCGCCCCUGCUCGUCCCACCUGCCACGUAGGGGGCCGCGGCUCUCGCUAGGCUGGUUGGGUGUGUGCGAUUGGCCAGGCCUGCGCAGCUUACGGCUCGGCGAGGCUCGGCGGAGGGCGGGCGGGCGAGCGAGCGGUGGCCGAAGCCUCCCUGCGACACUGCGGAGCCCGCGGCGGCCCACGCAGCGCCCGGGUCGGCGGACACAGCGGUUUUUUUCCUAGAGUUGUAUAUAUAGAGCCACCAUCCUGGAGUCCACCAUGAAUGGACAGUUGGACCUAAGUGGGAAGCUUAUUAUCAAAGCUCAACUUGGGGAAGACAUCCGCCGAAUUCCCAUUCAUAAUGAAGAUAUUACUUACGAUGAGUUAGUACUAAUGAUGCAGCGCGUGUUCAGAGGAAAGCUUCUGAGUAAUGAUGAAGUUACAAUAAAGUAUAAGGAUGAAGAUGGAGAUCUUAUAACAAUUUUUGAUAGUUCUGACCUUUCCUUUGCAAUUCAGUGUAGUAGAAUACUGAAACUGACAUUAUUUGUUAAUGGCCAACCAAGACCCCUUGAAUCAAGUCAGGUGAAAUAUCUUCGUCGAGAACUGAUAGAACUUCGGAAUAAAGUGAAUCGUUUAUUGGAUUGCUUGGAGCCACCUGGAGAACCAGGGUCUUCUACCAGUAUUCCCGAGAACGAUACUGUGGAUGGCAGGGAGGAGAAGCCUGCUGCUUCCGAUUCUUCUGGAAAACAGUCUACUCAGGUUAUGGCAGCAAGUAUGUCAGCUUUUGAUCCUCUGAAAAACCAAGAUGAAAUCAACAAAAAUGUCAUGUCAGCAUUUGGAUUAACAGAUGACCAGGUUUCAGGGCCUCCCAGUGCUCCUGCAGAAGACCGCUCAGGGACUCCUGACAGUAUUGCUUCUUCCUCCUCAGCAGCACACCCACCAGCGGGUCAGCCACAGCAGCCUCCGUAUACAGCAGCUCAGACACAAGCAGGUCAGAUUGAAGGUCAGAUGUACCAACAAUACCAGCAGCAGGCUGGCUACGGGGCACAGCAGCCUCAGGCUCCUCCUCAGCAGUAUGGUAUUCAGUAUUCAGCUAGUUACAGCCAGCAGACUGGACCCCAACAACCUCAGCAGUUCCAGGGAUAUGGCCAACAACCAACUUCCCAGGCACCCGCUCCUGCCUUUUCCGGUCAGCCACAACAACUGCCUACUCAACCACCACAGCAGUACCAGGCGAGCACUUAUCCUCCACAAACUUACACUACCCAGACAUCUCAACCUGCUAAUUAUACCGUGCCCCCUGGCACUCAGCCUGGAAUGGCUCCAAGUCAACCUGGUGCUUACCAACCAAGACCAGGUUUUACGCCAUCUCCUGCAGGUACCAUGACCCCUCCUUCCAGUGGGCCUAACCCUUAUUCACGUAACCGUCCUCCUUUUGGCCAGGGCUAUACCCAACCUGGACCUGGUUAUCGAUAAGGAGGUUCAGCUACACUAAUAAUGGCUAACAGCCUCCCAAAAGACUACAAUACUAUUUUGUUUCAAUUUGUACUGUAUUGAAGUUCAAAAAUUUAAAAAGCAAGAGCAAUUUUUAUGAUAUCAUUGUUACUGUUAAUUAAAGUAUAAUUUGCUAGAAUACAUAUACACAGCAAGAUCAAAAUGAACAUUUUCUCCCCUGCUUAAAACUGUAUGUAGCAGCUUCCUAGUUAUUUUGGAACACUACUCUUUCAUAUAAAAUGAUUGGCUUUCUACUUCCCAGAGUAUAUUAAAAAGCUAGGCUAAGGUUCAGCCUAUUUGCUAUUAACAUGAUAUACUAAAAAUAGAGCCCUUUGACAAGAUGACUAGAUAUUAUGUAUAAAAUGUAACAUUGAUAGGCUAAUAAAGGCGAUUGAAUCC